AUGGCUUCCAUUUCCAGUAGGCUCAGCAGCCAGUUCGUGCUAUUUGCACACCGGACGGCGCCAUGCGCCAGGACUCCAAUCCAAGCUUCAGCAACACGUUUCGCCCUGGCCUUCAGCUCCGGCUCCGGCUCCAGCUUCCGCACCGCCCAAACGGCACGCUUCUUUGCCUCCAAGGCUAAGAAGGCAGUAAAGAAGCCAGCACCAUCAACCACCACCAUCACCACCGUCUCUGCCCCUCCCACCACCGUUCCCGCCUCCUAUGCCGAACAGCUAGCCAAGAAGGGCCGGACCCUCCUUUACGAGGCUUCCUCCCACGCCUGGUUCCGCUUCGCCAGCUUCACCACCGGCAGCUUCUGCGUCGCCUACUCGCUCUACAACUAUUGGAGCGUCCACCUCAACCCCCCUGACGACCUGCCCACCUGGGUCCCCUAUGCCUACGGCGUCAUCUGCGCCAUGACCAUCGGCAUGGGCGGCUACUUCUUCAUGGGCAUGCGGCGGAUCGUCCGACACAUGGAGGCCGUGCCAGCCUCGCAGGUCGCCUCCCACCUCAUCACCGGCGCCGGCGGCGGCGCCGCUUCGGGUGCGACCAAGAAGUCGGCGUCGUCCAAGGGCUGGGCCGAGCUCCUCACCAUCAAGCCCAAGGCCGUCCCCGUGACCAGUCCGACCCCGAUCUACAUCGAGGUCGCCUACAGCCGUGCCAUCCCCUUCCUGCCCAACAAGAAGGAGUACUACCACCCUUCCGAGGUCGAGAUGCCCUUCCGCAUGCAGCUGCUUUGCGAGAAGCUGAACUCCCUAACGGCGCAGAAGGUGGUGGCGAAGAACCUCCCCGCCACCAAGACGGGGCAGAUGAUUGCCGCAAGCGCAGAAGGUUGCCAGGGAAAAGGAGCGCAAGGAAAGGAUGCAGCACCUGCUUACCUUGCCGUUCAGGGACGCGGCCAAGGUCUUCCGUGGGGCGUAUGA